AUGAAGGUAUCAAUAGCAUUGAACUCAAUCUUGCUAACAGCAGCAGUUGUCAAUGCUAUAGAGAAAGACAGUAAAGAAAUAGAGUCGGUAAAGAAUAAAAGAUCACUCUUUGGUGGAUUAUUCGAUAGCAUACUCGGUGGAGGUUCAUCAAGUACACCAUCAACUAAUGCAGCUGCAGCCCCAGUUGCUGCCGCAGCAGCAGUAAACCCCCCAGCAGCUGCACCAUCAGUAGCUCCAGCAGCUGCUUCUGUAUCUUCAAUACCAUUACAAGAUAUACUAGAGUCCACCAUUGGAGCAAUUGCAGAUUCAUCAACUCCAAUAAUAGGUGCAAAUACAAUUCCUCCCAUUCCAGGUACAUCCACCCAGACAACUAUACCAAGCAGUUCCAAUGUAGACCCCGCAGCAGAUUCACCAACAAUACCCAAUACUACAACUAAUACCGCAGAAUCACCCGAAGACGGAUUGUUUGAUUUAUUUGGUGAGAACUCCAUAGAUUCAUCCUCCUCAUCAUAUUCGUCAUCAUUGUACAGUAAUUCUAGUUCCUCUUCUAGCUCCUCAUUUUCAUCUUCAAGCUCAAGUUCAAGUUCAAGUUCAAGCUCUAGCUUUGCAUUAUUUACUACUGCUUUGACACAACCCACAUCCCUUCCUGAAGCUACUACUUCAUCAUCAUCAACAACUAAAGGAGGAUUCAAUCUUUUUGGUUUAUUCAAUAUUAAUGAAGACACCACACAAUCCUCCAGCAUAGGUAGUAGCAGUGCUACUUUAUCGUCAAUAGAAUUGUUAGCGACUUCAUCUUCUGAUCCAAGUUCGGCUCUUGAUAGCUCAUCAAGUUCUUCAGAAAGUGACCCAUUUGCCAAUCUCUUUGGAUUAGCAGAGACAACUUCAAGUUCCAGUUCGUCUAGUCAAAGUAGUUCAUCAACAUUCCAAACAUCAGAAACUUCUUCUGACCCAUUAGCAGAAUUAUUCGGAUUGGAUUAUACUGAAUCAAGCACUCAAAGUUCGAGUUCAGAAAGUUCCAGUUCUGUUUCAUCAAAUGAAGAUCCACUUGCCGCUUUCUUCGGAUUAGAUGCUACAACUUCUCCAAGUCAAAGUAGUAGUUCUAGUAUUCCAAGCAUUACUAGUUCUAGUGCUUCUUCCAGUACUACCAAAGGAUUAUUAUUCAACCUCUUUGGAAUUGAAGCUGAUGGUAGUUCUUCUUCUUCAUCUUUAGCUUCAGAUAGUGAAACCGAUGAAGAUUGUGAAACCGAAAGUGAUACCACUACAGGAUUGCCAACUAUCAGCAUUCCUGAUUUAAGUAUACCGUUGGAUUCAGAUACUACUACUACAAAUUUGCCUGUGUUAGGCUCUCAAAGUGAAAGUUCAGGCGAUGACGAAGAUUGUGAAACAGAAGCUGAUCCUACUACAGAUUUAUCUAAUCCUACAACUGAUCCUACUACAGGUAUUUCUAUUCCUACAACAUUUAAUAUUCCUACAGAUGGUUCUUCUAACACUGAUGAUACUAGUGAUGUUGACUGUGAAACUGAAAGUGACCCUGCCGAUCCAACUACCGGUGUAUCUGUCCCAACAACUUUCAGUAUUCCAACUACAUUCAACAUUGGAAGUGGCGAUCCUUCAAGUGAAGAAGAUUGUGAAACAGAAAGUGAUCCAAGUGAUCCAACUACCGGUGUAUCUAUCCCAACUACAUUCAACAUCGGAAGUGGGGAUCCUUCAAGUGAAGAAGAUUGUGAAACAGAAAGUGACCCUGCAGAUCCAACUACAGGAGUAACAGUUCCUACUACUGGAUUAUCUAUCCCAAUAUCUUUCAGUGUUUCUGAUACUUUCAGUAUUCCAACUGAUGAUCCUUCAAGUGACGCUUCAAGUGAGGAAGAUUGUGAAACAGAGAGUGAUCCAAGUGAUCCAACUUCUGGAGUAACAGUUCCUACUACUGGAUUAUCUGUCCCAACAUCUUUCAGUAUUGCAGGAACUUCUAGUGUUUAUGGCGAAGAUCCUUCAAGUGAUGAAGAUUGUGAGACAGAGAGCGACCCAAGUGAUCCUACUUCUGGAGUAACAAUUCCUACUACUGAUUCCUCUGAUCCAAUUUCUUUCAGCAUUCCAACUAACGACCCUUCAAGUGACGUUACCAGCGACGAAGAUUGUGAGACUGAUUCUAAUACUGAUGAUCCAACAACUGGAGUUUCUAUUCCAACAACGGGAUUCUCAAAUCCAACAUCUUAUACCAAUGGUACCUUUAGUAUUCCAACAGAUGGUGCUUCUAGCGAUGAUACCAGUGAUGAAGAUUGUGAGACUGAAACUGAAACUGAAACUGAUCCAAGUAAUCCAACCAGUGAUUUAAGUAAUCCAACCAGUGGACUCUCUAACCCAACUUCUUAUGGUAAUGGAACUUCUUUCAGUAUUCCAACAGAUGGUGCUUCCAGUGACGAUAGCAGCGAAGAAGAUUGUGAAACCGAAACCGAAAGUGGAUCAAUUGAUGUUACUGGUUCAGCUGGUGGACCUACCAGAUCAAAUGAUGCUACUGUAACUGAUUCAGAUACGGAUACAGACUCUGAAUAUGAUUGUGAAACAGAAACAGAUGAUACAGACACUGUUAUCACUGAAACAGUUACCCAGACUAGUGGUGGUGUAACAGUGACUAAUACCAAUGUGUAUACUGUAACUACAGAUGAUGAUGAAGAAUACUGUGACUCAGAAACAGACGAUGUAACCUAUGUCACUAGCAUAGUAACCCAAACCAAUGGAGGAGUAACUGUUACUCAAACAAAUGUUUACACUUCUACAACUGUUGCUACUUAUACAGGAGGAGACGACGACGAAGAAUAUUGUGAUGAAUAUGUCUCCACUAUAACUUCAUACAAUACCAUUGUAGAUGGAGUCACUACUGUUACCAAGACAAACAUAUAUACUUCAACUUAUUAUGCCGAUGACCCAGAUGAUUCUGAAGAAUAUGAUUGUGAAACUGAAGUUUUGACUUAUACUACCGGUACUGUUAUUGUCACUGUAACUAAUACGAUUCAAGGUGUUGAAACUGGUUGGCUUUAUGAUUCUGAUGAUGAAGAUGACUGUGAAACUACAAUUAUUCAGACCAUUACUAACACCAUUAACGGUCAAGUAGUUUAUUCUACAGCUGGUGCUGAUGAUUCCGAAUACUGUACACCAGAUUAUUAUGAUACCGAUGAUGAAGAUGAAGAUGAAUGUGAUGCUACAUGUCCAUGUCCCGAUGAUGGUAUAAUCUAUGGAGGAUCUUCUGGUAGUUCAGGAAGCUCUGGUAGUUCAGGAAGUUCAGGUAGUUCAGGUAGUUCAGGAAGCUCAGGAAGCUCAGGAUCAUCUUAUGAUUCCAAUGGAACCAGUGAAGAUGAAGAAGAUUGCGUAGAUGAUGCUGUUAUUGAAACUAAGACGGUUGCUGCAGUUGCUACAUAUACAUCAGUUGAAACAUAUGUUACUACCAUUACCUCUGGAGGUUCGAAAGUUGCUUACACUUCGUUGUACACUGUCACGUCUGUGGAAACUGUUCUCAGUACCUAUACUACAGAGAAUUAUAUAACAGCAACAUAUACUACCGGAAAGGCUGUUACAAGUAGUGAUGAUUGUGAAGAUGAUGAAACUGAUACAGAUGAAACCGAGACUUAUGAUAGUGACACUUAUGAAAGCGAUUCUAUCACUAGUUCAUUCCUCAGCGUUUCCAGUCUGAUUCCUAAGUAUGUUAAUUCGACUUCAACUACUACUUCUGCUGAAGGAGGUAUUUUAGGUUUCCUUAAAAAACUUGAUACAAAUAUAACUGUUACACCUGGUUCGUUAACCUCAUUACCAUCUGCCACUUCCACUCCAUCACUUGAAGGUGAUAGUGAUAGCAAUGGAAGUCAUCGUUUGUUCAUGUCUAAACGAUUAGUUAUAAGCUUAUGCAGUGCUAUUGCUAUUCUUUUCAUCUAA